GUGCCGCCGGGGGCUGUGUGCGAACGCGCUGCGCCCUGCCCGAAGGGGCACUUUGUCUUUGUCCCCAAAGCUGUCACGCCGGACGCUGGUCUGCCUGCUCGUCUGACAGGAGUUUUGCUGCUAACGGCGGGGCAUGUAGCUCUUUACCUCGCGUCUCCACUUUGCACCCGAUAUUUCGUGGUUACUAGAUUUGUGCAAACAGCUGUUUCUUGCCCAAUUCCCUUUCUCCGGUACACCAGACAUGCUCCCGUGAAGAACUCUGGGACCGCUACCCAGUGCUGGCUUCUCGGUAUAUCCUGAAGCUUUGUUCCAUCAUCGGCCAACGCCGUCAGCAGAGGACAAUCACGUGAUGCAUUCUUUGCGGAUCCUUGAGCGCGCCAAGCACGACUGUAACGUCAGUAAGAUCCUGGCAGUGCCAAACUCAACGGACAACAAAUCGACGCUUUCCUUCACCGGAGAGGAUUUCACGGUAUCAGGGAGCCUUUGCCCGCGCGUGUGGGACGGCAUCCUUUGCUGGGACAGCGUGCCGGCAAACACAACGGCCCGGGUACCUUGCCCGGCAUACCUUUACGGCUUCGACACGAGCCGAACGGCAAGCAAGUUCUGCACUGAAAACGGCACGUGGUAUUUUAGCCUUCAGCAUGGACAGCUGUGGACCAACUAUUCCCAGUGCAUCACGGGAAAGACCUCGGACAGUCUCACUAUACUCGAGCCUCACCUUCCAACCAUCAAGCUAAUCUCAAAAAUUGGAUACACCGUGUCUUUCAUCAGCCUUCUCAUCGCGUUCACCAUCCUGGCUUCGGUGAAGAAGUUACGCUGCCCUCGGAACAACCUUCAUCUGCACCUCUUCAUGUCUUUCAUCUUUCGGGCACUCGCUGUGCUCGUUAAGGAUGCCAUCUUUGUGGACGGCGUGGGACUCAGCCCAGACAUGGACUUCAGUCAGAACAACGUCGACUGUAAGGUGUUCACCAGCUUCUGGCAUUACGUGCUCAUGGCCAACUACUGCUGGAUCCUCAUGGAGGGCCUCUACCUUCACAGCCUCGUCUUUCUCGCCUUCUUCACGGACAGCUCCAGCAUACUGCGAUACGUCACCCUCGGAUGGGGCCUUCCAGUUAUUUUUUUGGUGCCUUGGAUCAUUGUCAGAGCGACGCUGGAGGACAUAUUGUGCUGGACAACAAAUGACACGAAGUCGUAUUUUUGGAUAAUUAGAGGACCGAUCACCAUAUCUAUCAUCGUCAGCUUCAUUCUGUUUGUAAACAUCACCCGAGUUCUUUUCGUUAAAUUGUUCACAACGCAGACUCAACAGGCGCGUAAAUAUCGGUACAGGAAAUGGUUCAAGUCGACGCUCGUGCUGGUGCCCCUCUUCGGCGCCCACUACGCAUUCCUCCUGGGCAUGUCCCUGGCUGCCGCCGGUGAUAUGCUGGAACUCGUCUGGCUAUACAUUGACCAGCUUUUCUCGUCCUUUCAGGGGUUUCUAGUGGCAACACUUUACUGCUUCCUUAACACAGAGGUGGGCGCCGAGGCUCGCCCCAUCGUAGCUGCACUGCGCGGCGCCUGCCUGCCACGAGCCCGGCCCUCGGAGCCCGGAGGCGCCUGCUGCGCGAGUUGGUGCCGCCGGCGGGAGGUGCGGCCCGUAGAUGGACCGGCCACAGGUGCACCCCGCGGACGUCUAUCGCUUCUGGCACGCUCCAUCACUCUCAUGACACGAGUAGAAGAGCGGCCGCCCAAACAGGAUUUCGACUUUGCUUUACAACAGGUAACGUAACAAGAAAUGACAAGGCCAUGCCACAAGCCAGCACAGCGCCAUCAGCUUCCGAGGAGCCCUGCUGCCAUUCCGACCUUCUCCUGCGAGACGUGCGGACACCUGAUGGGCAGUGAACGCGUGAGGCCGCUGCACCAAACUGAUUUUUGAGCAAGCGGUUCCAGCAGUGGCAAAGAAUCCCUUCUCGAUGAGACAGUGAACUCCGCUGACCUUUCCUGACGCUAGACCGUCUGCAUCUUGCAAAAAUAAUUGAGCUAUCGCAGGCUCAUUGCAGAUAAAAUUCUAUAACCUCAUCUUUCCGCUGCCGUACCUACAGGCUUAUAAACGAAAUUUCGGGAAGCGUUUGUCCUCUUUGUUGGUGUUGGGUAAAACGGCUUGAACAAGUAAGCUUACGCUGAAUGUGAACGUAUCCCACCCAUAUAUUUUUACAGUUUGUUUUACGUAUCUUGAGUGCGUCUCCCUUUCCUGGCGACCUCUCUCUUCCUUUCAUUGCCAAUUUUCAGCUAUUUACAUGUUUUGUAAUUCUCAGGGGAAAUAAAAAGUGCAAAUGAAUACA